AUGAUUGGAAACCGACCAUGGAUGCGAAUAAAUCAGUGUGAGAUGACUUAUAUGUAUCGUGUUAUGAACUUCAUGCGCAUUAAUAUUGGUCUCACAAAAUUGAAGCAUGAUCAAACCGAAGAUAUUAAAUAUCUGUUUUCGAAUGAUUUUAGUGGUUACUCGACGAUUUUAUAUGGUGAAGGGGAAUAUGCUCGCAAUUACAUGAGGACCAGACAGGUUAGUGGAAUUCCUAUCAUUUUUGUUCCUGGCAGUGCUGGUUCUUCCAAGCAAGUUCGUUCUCUAGGGUCAAUACUCCACAAUAAGACCGAGAGUAGGAAUUUACCGUUCACAUUCGAUGUCUUUGCCAUUGAUUUUAACGAGGAGUUGUCAGGUCUGUCUGGUAUGUAUUUGGAACGGCAAAUCAAAUAUCUCGAUUUGGUGGUAAGACAUAUAUGGACCAUGUAUUCACCCCCACCUCAUGGUAUCAUAUUUGUUGGUCAUUCAAUGGGUGGUAUUGUUAUACGAUCGCUGUUGCAUAACAUUCGUUUCGAUCCUAGCCGAAUUGCAUUUAUUGUAACUUUGGGGACACCGCACAAAAAUGCACCAAUGGUUUUUGAUUGGUAUUUGGAAAAUAUUUAUGACCGAAUGCAUAAGAAUUGGAGAGAGCAUGAAAAAAAAUUGGCCAGUCUCUUAGUCUUAUCAGUUUCGGGUGGUUUGAAAGAUCAUCUUGUGCCAGAACAUUUUACUCUUGAUAAUGGUGUUCGCCAUAUUUCGACUACCGCUAUUGAUGGCAUUGAACUAGAGACCGAUCAUCUUUGUAUUGUUUGGUGUAACCAGUUGCUUAGGUAUAUCUCCCGCCUGGUGGUUGAAUAUGCUUACGAUCCAAUUUCGUUUCAAAAACAUGCUGAUAACAUUGUUAAGCAACUUUUUGAUGCCGAUGGGCUUUUUCGGGAGCUAACACGUAUGAAAGUUGGUACAAGUACUGCGAUUGUCAUCAGGAAUGAUUUGAUCUUUGUAAAAAAUAAUGGUGGAGAUCUAAAAGAAUUCGUCUUAUCAUUUCCAAAGAACAGCUGGUUGUUCAUUGAAAGAAGUAUUGGGAGUUCGUUAUGGACAUCAUCCGGAGAACCUAUUUAUAAUUUGAACAGUUUGCGACAAACGUUUUACACACUUGUACAUUCAAAUGUUACAGAACAGAUUUCGGUACAUCUGAAACCUGGAAAGUUUUUUAAAGCCGUUGCACUUCAAGAGGAUCCUGAAAAGUUUAACUCUGUUGUGCAUAUUGAAUUACUGUCACUACUGAAAGGUUGCUUCACAUUUUUAUGGGAAGCCAACUUUGAAGAGCGUGCAUCUGCUGUGUUAUUGCCAGUUUAUUUCGGAACUCCAGUUAUUGCCAUUGUUAUAUCAAUUGAAUUAGAAUCAUGUAUGCGUACAAAUGAAUGGUUCGCGAAAGUUGAGUUCCGAGGUCAGGAUCUACGACGUAUAAGCAGUCUUGGUUCAAAUAAGGAACUUCAUGUAAUUGGGCAUUUGCUUAGUAAGGAAGAAACAAAGGCGGAAAUAUUUUUCAUAUUAAGUCAGCGCUGCCGCUUCCAUGCACGCCUGGAUAUCAGUUAUUUAGAUACUAUGAUUGUGAUGCUUCGAAUGUAUGGAUCCAUCAUCCCUUACAUGUUAAGUAUAUAUAUCCUCAGUACAUUGUCGAUUUGCACUUUAACUGAGGAAUAUUAUUCGAAUAUCCGAGAUUGCAAAAUAAUAUGCCUUGUCUUGAUUUGUCACACAUCCAUGAUUUAUUGGAGUAAUUUAGUUGAUUGGUUUACUCUGUUGAUCUCGUCUUUGCUGAUUUCAUACUUUACUUAUGUUAUUCAGAAACUAACAGAUUUAUUUAUUCGACUAAUGAAGAACAGGUAUUCAGAAAGAUUUGUGAAAUCGACAUGUUUUGACUUGAAUGGAUUGGCAGUUGUUGCAAUAUCAUUAUUUAUAAAUUAUUCAUACAACGGUUUUUUUGCGUUGUUAAUAGUAGUCCUGUCCAGUUUACUGCAACUUCUGAAGACAGCGAUUUCUUUAAAGACUGUUAGUCUUUCUAGUUUCUCGCAACCAGUUAUAUUGGUUAUUUUCCAUUUUUAUGCAAUUUUGGUUUAUACUCCAUUUGGUGUCUGUUCACUAUGGAAUAUAAUUAGAUAUGGUUUAUUUGCUGUUUAUGAAGAUCCAGCUCGUGUGCCAGCAUACUGGAUGGCUUUCUUGAAGCUUAUUCGACUUUCGGUGGGCAAAAUCCACUUCUUCAAAGCACAUUACAUUUCUGUAGCUGUUUUAAUGUAUACCUUCCUCACCCAACCGUCUACAUGUAUUGAGCAGCUGGGUUUUUCAUUCAUUGCAAUAAUUGGACUCAGUUGGUUUGUGACUCAGAGCGAAAAAAAGUCAAAAGAGGAGCAUUAG